GUUGUUGUCACUUUGCUUCUUCUUCUUCUUCUUCUUCUUCUCUUUCUCUCUCAACAUGACGCGCUUCCAUUUCUUCUUCCAUGGAACUUCCACCACCACCACCACCACCACCACCUUCUUCUCAUUCUAACUUCUUCACUCCUCAAAUGCACGACCCCAUUUUCUUCCUCCUCUUUGCAUCCCUCUCUCUCACCUUUUUCCUCUCCUUCUCUCUCUACAAACGCUUCUCAAAACACCCAACUGAAGAAAACAAACAAAACCGCCACAAAGAUGGUUUAACCCGACCCGAAAAUUCCGACCCGGUCCGAUCGGUUCUGAUGGGUGGUGCUCUGCCCUCUGAUUCCGAUGACCCGGAUUCGAGUCCGCGAGGGAAGAAGAAGAAGAGGAAGGCGAAGAAGAAGAGAGUGAAUUCCGGAGCUGAAGAGAAGAAUGAGAGUGCGGAUCCGGGUUCGGAUUCGGGUGUUCGGUUUGAAACCGCUUGCUUGUACCCGUUUACGUCUUCUAGUAGCGCUAUGCAGAGGAAGAUCAAACAGCAGUACGAUGAGCUUGUCAAAAGCAAUGAUUCGAAGAAAUUGACACUGGCACAGGUUGUACAGUUUGCUAAUAGUUUGGUUGAUGCUAGGGAUGAGCUACAACACAAGGCUGAUGCGAUCCAACGUAAGUUUAUAAUAACAAAGGCUUUACUAUGCAAGGCAAACAGAUCUUCUUUUGACCGCCUUCAUCAACAGAUAUACAAGCUGGAAUUAGAGCAAAAACGAUUAGAGGAAGAUGCUUUUGUUUAUAACUCGCUUCAACAACAACUCAAACUCUCACCGGCAUACCAGAAGAUGCUUGAACUUGGGGCUUGCAUGGAGAAGGAAAAAUCGUGUGGACAUGGAGAUAACAGAGACGAUGAAUUUGCUGAAAUCUCCUUUGAAGAAUUAUUAGCACAAGAGAAGAAGGAUUCAUUUUGGUUAGUUUUAUGUUGUUCUUUCGCUCCGUUUUUUCUUAAGUUUGUAACUUCAUGGAGCCUCUUUUCACUUUUGUUUUCUCAUCUUGGAGAGGAAAGGUUGUCUUACAACUCGCCAAUAACCACUUUUUUCUGUAUUUGCACAGGCAAAAAAAUGGGAAAUCAAGACUAUGCUCAAGUUAAUAACAUACUAGUUUUGCUAACUGUAAACUGAGUUAGUUUAGUGUAUGUACAUCCAAUAUCUAUAGUAGUGUACUGUCACAGGAAUGUUCUUUUUGGUUUUUGCCUGUGCCAUCUUUGGUUGUUUUUUUGAAUAUAGAUGAUACAAAAACUUCGAGUUUUUUGAAGCCAGUAAAA